GCGCGAGCGGCGGGGCCGUUAAAAGCCUUCCCGCCCGCCCGCACGUUCAGUUAGUGGGGCCGCCGCGCGGCUGGCGGGCGUCAGCGAUGCUGGAGAAUGGAUCUCUGAGGAACUGCUGCGAGCCGGGCGGGAGGGGUCACUUCGGCUCGGCGGAGCGGGAGGCGGCGGCUGGAGGCGCCCCGCGGCCCGCCUGGGUGGUGACGGCUCUCUCCAGCGUGCUGAUCUUCACCACCGUGGUGGACAUUUUGGGCAACCUGCUGGUCAUCGUGUCCGUCUUCAAGAACCGCAAGCUCAGGAACUCAGGUAAUGCAUUUGUGGUGAGCCUGGCUUUGGCUGAUCUGGUGGUGGCCUUGUAUCCAUACCCACUGGUGCUCUUAGCUAUUUUCCACAAUGGAUGGACUUUGGGUGAAAUGCACUGUAAAGUGAGUGGCUUUGUGAUGGGACUAAGUGUAAUAGGCUCUAUUUUCAACAUCACUGCAAUUGCAAUAAACCGAUAUUGCUAUAUAUGUCAUAGCUUUGCCUAUGACAAAGUGUAUAGCUGUUGGAACACAAUGCUCUAUGUGUCCUUAAUCUGGGUAUUAACAGUAAUUGCAACUGUGCCAAAUUUUUUUGUCGGCUCUCUGAAGUAUGAUCCACGCAUCUAUUCAUGCACAUUUGUUCAGACUGCAAGCUCCUACUAUACAAUUGCAGUUGUGGUAAUUCAUUUCAUCGUCCCUAUUACUGUUGUGAGCUUCUGCUAUCUUCGAAUUUGGGUCUUAGUGCUUCAAGUUAGAAGACGAGUCAAGUCAGAAACAAAGCCAAGACUGAAACCAAGUGACUUCAGAAACUUUCUUACCAUGUUUGUGGUUUUUGUGAUUUUUGCCUUUUGCUGGGCACCUCUAAACUUCAUAGGACUGGCUGUAGCCAUCAAUCCUUCAGAAAUGGCACCAAAAGUUCCUGAAUGGUUAUUCAUUAUAAGCUACUUCAUGGCCUAUUUCAACAGCUGCCUUAAUGCAAUAAUAUAUGGACUUCUUAACCAGAAUUUUCGGAAUGAAUACAAACGUAUUUUAAUGUCACUGUGGAUGCCAAGGCUUUUCUUCCAGGACACAUCCAAAGGAGGAACUGAUGGACAGAAGAGCAAGCCUUCUCCUGCUUUAAACAACAAUGACCAAAUGAAAACUGACACCUUGUAAAGGGGUGAUGGUUAAUGCAGAAGUUUGUCAUGGAGAGCUUCAUUGAUAGAGUUGCAAUGUUCUAGUCAUUCUUGCUUACUCUGGGGGACCUUUCACUUGGAUGGUACUUUGUGACUGGAAUAUUGUCUUCUUGGUAAAGCACAUUGCUCACAAUUCAUAAUUUAUACAAGAUAUCAAUUGAAAAUACAUUUCAAAAUUAAAGCAGCAGAUGAGUGCAAACUA